AUGGAAAUGUUUUCAAGAACGACUAAAAGUAACGUAGAGACGACCGCUCCAUAUGUGUCUGAUAUUGGUUUAGACCACACAGCUGAUAAUACAUUUACAAGCAUGAUUACUAACAAUAUAGACGAUUCUGACGUUAAAAAUACAGAAAAUAGUACUUUACAACAUAACCAUAGUACAGAGUCAAAAAUGAAAAGUCAUAGUGAAUAUAUAAUGGAAUCUAUCAAUAGCAUAAAGACAACUCCAUCAGUAAAUGCAAGUAAUCUAGUAACAGGAACCAAUGAUUCAAUAAUACAAUCGAGCGAGAUCAGUGCAUUGACAGCGUCGUCAGAAAGUACCCAAAAAAGCACAGUCCCAGAUAUGGAGAGCACACAAACGAGCACUUUAUCAUCAAAUAUGGAUACUGUAACUAAAAAACAAUAUUACAAUAAUUAUUUUACGGAUUCAUCAGCAAAUUUAAGCAGUACAUCUGAAAUGGGAGAUGACACCAGUAUUAACCCUACCUUUACAGAAAACAUGUCAGAUGUCACAGUUACAGAAUCCAAGAUACAACUUCUUGUUACAAACAUGAACACUUUUACAUCGCCAGGUGUUGAAAAUACUGAUACAACAUCCAUAAAUAAUAAAACAUAUCGUACCAGUUUAGGUAAUGUUAAUACUUUAUCUGAUGCAAUGGGCAUUUUGUCUACGACAGAAACAUAUAUAGUUGACACUUUGUCUGAUAAGGAUUCACUUGAUUAUACGCAGACAACAAGUUCUAAAGAAGUUGCAUUUAUAAACUUAAGCACAAACACUACUGAAAAAAUAGGUCAUUUUGAGGACACGACAAAAUCUUCUGAAACGAAAGAAAGCAUGACCGUGUCAGAAAUAUUACCUUCAACUGGUGAUCUUAAUAGUCAACCUUCGUCAACAGACUAUGAUAGCAGACAAUCAACUUUAGAUUCAUACACAUCGUCAUUAAGUCAUUUAGACUCUUCAAUCUCCGAAAAUACUAAGAAAGUAAACACCAAGACCACAGAUGAAAUCACUUCUAAAUCGACACCAAACUACUUGAAUGAUUUUUUGAAGUCAACAGAUGCCAUUUCGGUAAAAAGUGCAAAUAACGAUACGUAUACGAAAACAAAUGACAUUGAAAGCAGUUUACCAUUUGCAACGAAAUUUGAAGUGCACUCACAACCCUCCGGAACAAAGAGUCUUGAAUCAACAACAUUGUUUCAUUUCAACAGCACGAAAAAGAAUAUAACAAAUAUGCAUUCUUCGGAAAAUAACAGCAUUAUGUCAACGACUGAAAAAAUCAGUGAAUUAAGAGUCACAAAUGAGGAUUUAUACGCAACUUCUUUAACUGCAUUACGGAAUUACAGUAAACAAAGCUCAACAGACACGGGUGUUACUAUUGCGGCAUUUACAACGGUUUCAAAAUCCAUAAAUAAUGAAAGGUCUACAGAUGUAAGCAGUGUCCAAACAAUUCUAUCAAGUGGUGGAACAACAUCAGGUAUAACUGAUCUUUUAACAAUAACAACAGAACCCACCAAUACUGGGAAUUUUGCAUCGGUCGAUGAAAAGCACCGUUCAUCAGUGCGAUCAACAUCAACUGAAAUUACAAAUGGUGAAUCGACAAUUGCCAUGAUCACAAAUACUACUGGUAACAAAUAUUCACUAAAUGACAAUGAUGUGGAAUUCACAAAGAUGUCAAGUGACAUAAGUACUAAUUUCGAAACACCAUUAGAAAGUUCCAGCAUACAAUCAUCUUCACAGGCAGGUGAGACUAGUACAAAAUUGACUAAUGGCGACAACAGUUCCAGUCUUGAAUAUACUAAAUAUUGGAAUAUACUUAGUACCAAACCUAACAUAGGUAAUGCAGAAUGUUAA